GAGAAACGCCUGGACUUGGUCCCUCUUACCUCAACCCCAUCUUGGCAAUUUGACCGGGAGAACCUGUGGCGGCUUCCUGGCGCUCACGGCGAGGAGGUUGUACGUUCCAUCUAUCUGGACGAACAGUCCCAAUCGGUAUUUACCUGCGGUGAAGACGGGUUCGUCCGCGCAUGGAAACCGGAGUCCGGAGAGGCGCAGGGCGAUGAUUCCUCAAACAAGACUGCGCGGCCGAAAAAGAAUAAGGAUAAGGGACGGUUCAAACCCUAUUAA